AUGAAUGCCCCUCCUGCCUUCGAGUCGUUCUUGUUGUUCGAAGGCGAGAAGAAGAUCACCAUUAACAAGGACACCAAAGUACCCAAUGCCUGUUUGUUCACCAUCAACAAAGAAGAUCACACACUAGGAAACAUUAUUAAAUCACAGCUGUUGAAGGACCCUCAGGUGCUGUUUGCUGGCUACAAAGUUCCCCACCCCUUGGAGCACAAGAUCAUCAUCCGUGUGCAGACCACACCAGACUACAGCCCCCAGGAGGCCUUCACCAAUGCCAUCACAGACCUCAUUAGUGAGCUCUCCCUGCUGGAAGAGCGAUUCCGGGUGGCCAUCAAAGACAAGCAAGAAGGAAUUGAAUAA